UACGCAAUCUAGGUAUAUCUCAACGCUUUUAUGCCAACCUCCUGCCCUGUUAAUUGCCGAUUGGUGGUUUCACGAGUGGAAGUCAGUGGAAGUCAGAUGACACUAUAGGGCGGGGAAGUUCUUCCAUUCGCUAUGAACCUACACCACUAAUACUGCGCCUUGAAAUCUGGCCAGUCGCGAUCAAACGUCAAUGUACUCGAAGUGUGCUGGCACAUCUCACAAACUGAGGCAAGGAAUCUCUGUACCGAUGUUGCUGCCCAACUUGGUUCACGAUUUAGACUCUCCAGAUAUCACCCAAAACUCAGGAAGGACAACCGUGGAUCGAAGUUAUGAAUCGUGGUCUUGCAACAUCAAUUCUUUGGGUCCCCUCAAGUCAUCCCUCCGGCCCGGUAGCAUCAAAACUGUGGGUCGGCUGCGUUGGGCAGACAUCACACACGGCAAACAAAGUUUCUCGAGAUAGCCAACGAUUCAUAGAUAUUUUCGAAAGCCCCGACCGACGAACAAACAAACAAAAACACAAGCAACCCCGUGGAUCCAAUUACAGGAGUGAACGAAUGAGCCAGAAGAACGUACACAAAGAAAGUAAAGGAUAUACAACAAAAUCCUCCAGUGUUCUCGAAGUCCAAUGUUCCGUUUUUCCACCAGACUUCAUAGGACCCCCGAAAUACCGAUUUCCCAACAACCAUCCUACAAAUAAUCCAUCCAAAAUUCAUACAUCGAAAUGAAUGUUUUCAUCCUGUUGAUCGAGGAACCUUAGAGAGCAGAAACAUG